CAUCUAUAUAAACUCGUAAUGUGUCUCAAAUAAGUGAAGAGCGCGAUUCGUCGCAGCCAUUUAAUCCUCGCCUCGUCGAGAUCUCUCUCCAAUAAUGAAUACCCGAGAGACCACCCAUGCAAUUAGGAGCUACCUUUGUUGAAGCCGCGAAGGCUAAGAGGUACCUUGAAGAUGUGAUAGUCUCACAAGCAGGCCAUCCCCUUCCGAAGGUACUGGGGGGGUGUGGCUGUACAGCCCAAGCAAAGGCCGGUCACUCCAACCGGCAGAGUCGCUGGCCUGUGAAAUCUGCUAGGUUUAUCCUGGAUCUCCUCAAGAAUGCCGAAAGUAAUGCCGAUUCGCAGGUCAAUCAAUACAACUACUGAACUGAAAGAAUAUUUCAAAGCAUUGGCAGCUUACCGAAUUCUUGAUGAUAUUGUCUCCAUAUGGCGAUUGAAUGUUCUAGAAGCUUCCCAAGAACAUACUGUGACCAUUAAGAUGACUGGCUCUCUUGACAAGGGUAAAAGUGCGUGUACAUCUUGCCUUUCAUUAUUCUCAUCUUGGCGAGAAAGUUUUGAUGUUCAAUGAGGGGCUUUCAUGGAUUGAACCGAUGCAGCUACAGACUCACUAGGACAACUUAUGUAGCUAAAGAUAUUCAGAAUGUCAAUACUGCAAGAAUUUCAGCAUCCCGUGGUCUUUAUGUGCUUAAUGAUCCUGCUGUAUAUAACAGGAUACUCCAGUGGAGUGUUCAACAUUUUUCUACUAGUCUACAUGAGACCAUCCAAUGGGAAUGCUUAUCGUCCUCAUCCGAAACCUUAUCGAAGAAGCUUGAAGUCGCUUUGAAAGAUGACAAUGUCGAUGAAGCAUGGGAAGCUUUUAGCAGUUUUAGAAGGCUUUAUGGUCUUCCUAAACUACAGUUGGUGAAUAGAAUGGUCUUAUUGCUGUCUUAUUCAUCUAGUCAUCAAUGGCUUCAGAAAGCAUAUGAUAUCACACUCAUGGUUUAUAAAGAGAACCCUAAUUAUCUCGACUGCAGCUUAUUAACCAAGCUAGCUCUAACCCUAGUGAGAGCUCAAAUGCCCAUUCCUGCCUCUACGAGUCUGAGGAUAAUCUUAGAGAAUGCAAAGCUUCCAUCACUUGAUAUAUUGAGCACUUUGUUCUUGCAUCUGGUUAAGACGGAAGUUGGAUCCUAUCUUGCAAUUGAUCUCCUGAUCGAGACUUGUGAGCUCUUUUUGUACAAAGUCACAGAAAGGAAGAAAGCCAAGAAAGUAGGUGCGAUAAAGCCCAGUGUAAACGUGUUUAAUCUUGUCCUGGACUCUUGUGUAAGGUAUGGAUGCACCUUGAAGGCACAAGAAAUAAUACGAUUGAUGUCAUCGGUAGGAAUAGUAGCUGAUGCAAAUUCCAUCAUACUCAUUGCUAGGAUUUUCCAGAUGACAGGACAACGUGGUGAGUUGAAGAGAUUGAAGGAAUAUAUUGAUUGCAUCUCUUCUCCGUCACUGAGUCGCCAAUAUCGACAGUUUUAUGACUGUUUGUUGAGCCUACACUUUAUAUAUGGCGAUAUUGAUGCUGCUACAGAACUCGUGCUUGAUCUCUAUCGGCGACCAAAGUCUAAUAAAUUCUUCAAUAAUGAGUUCCAAAAGCAUUGCUUGGUGCAAAUCGGCUCAAGUAACCUAAAGUCAGGAUUCAAAGUAAUUAUUGAGCCCACAAAGCUGGACAAUGAUUUUCUCAUUGAUGUACAAGGCAGCCCAGAGCUAGUCCUUUUGUCAGACGGUAAGCUCGUUCCGAGUGAAAAGGCUUUUGCGAAGCUUAUCAACGCCUUCGUCAGAGAGAGAAUGAUUGGUGAACUCUGUCAUUUUAUGACUACAUUGCAUAAAGAAGUUGAUUUCAAAGUAAAUGGUUUGUGUUUUAAUGUGAUGGGCGCCUGCAUCCAGAUGGGUUGGUCUGAUGUCGCCCAUGAUAUUCUAGAUGAUUUGGAAUCAGCUGGAGUUCCUCUUGAAGCGAAUACAUAUGCCUUACUUUUGCAAGCAUAUUGCGAAGAUAACAAGUUGGAAGAAUCUAAAAAGCUUUCGAAACAGAUAGAAAAAGCAGGUCUUCUUGGAACCGAUGAUGAUGCAACUUCCACUUCUCUUGAGACUAAGUCGCAUCUGGGUGAGUUUCUGGAAAAGGAAAUCCAAAAAGAACAUGUUGGGAGUCAACUAAUUUAUGAUCUUAACAAUUCCAUUCUUUUCUUUUGCCAAGCAAAUAUGGUUGAAGAUGCUAUGAGGACGUUUAGACGCAUGAGAAAGAGAAAUAUCCGGCCGACCAUGCAGACUUUUAAAUUUCUACUUGAUUGUUAUUCUUCCCUACAAUCGUACCGUGCGAUUACGAUAUUAUGGGGAGAAAUAAAGAGAGAGAUGGAAGAUAAAGAUUUAGCAGCAGAUAGAGACUUGCUUGAUUACUUGCUUUUAAAUUUUCUUAAAGGUGGCUACUUUGAGAGGGUGAUGGAGAUUAUCAGCUACAUGUCGAAGCAUAAUAACUUCGUUGAUAAGUGGAAGUAUAAAAGGGAGUACAUGAAAUUCCACAAGAAUCUUUACAGGAACUUAAAGGUAUCAGAAGCUAAAACAGAGGCUCAAAGUAAAAGACUGGAGCACGUUCGGGCUUUUAGGGUUUUGGUUGGCAUUAACCAACGAUACUAAGAAGAUGUAAUCAUGUUUCUAUUGUGCAAAUGUUUCAAUAAGAAGAGGUUAGUAGCUAUAUUGUUUAUCCGGCGGCUUUCACUCGGUAGAAACUUGCUUCAAGGCCGUAUCCUAUAGUUCGAUUCUGCUGUACUCAAAAUUGAACUGAUUAAUUUGUAACCUAUUACAUAUGAGAUUUUAGCCUAUGCAGACGGAUUGAAGGCUCAGCGACAACUUUAUAUUUGUGACGCAUACAUUAUCCAUCAAUCAACUUCAUACCACUACUCCGGGAUCUCAUUCAUAACUUUGAUUCUACGUUUGUAAUGCUAUAUGUGCACAUUCUUAAAUUAGGUGAACAUUUUACAUUUUAUUACAUGUACAGUAUAUGAUCAUUUUUUAUUUAUAAUUGGACAAUUUGCAUAAAUAAAGAGUCCAUUAAUUU